AUGGCUACGGGCCCCGCCUCCCUACCCGUCGUGAACGAGCCGACGGUUCGACGCGGCCUCAUCCUAACCGCAGGCGGGAUCGAUGUGGAGGAGUUCGAAGACCAGUUGAAUGCGCUUAGCGAGGCGCCGAAGGCGGAGCUCGAUGAGACGAUGAUGAACGCGGGCAUUGUUUGGAUGAAGAAGCAGCUUCGCGCCGAGUACGCGACGACCCAGCGGGUUGUGACCGAGCACGAGCAGGAGGUGCUUAGCCUCAUCGACCUGCGUCUAGACAUGAUCACGAGUUUCGAUCAUCUGGGCGACCUAGUGAUGCUCGGGAGAACGAGCCCUGGCCUGGGUUUGCUUCCGUCGUUCAUGCUCAAACUGUUUUGGAAAAUGAUGGAUGAGGCGGCGGAGGGAGUAGGAGUGGGAGGGGGUGCCGGACAUGAGGGAGGAGGCGAGGGGGCGCCACGCGUCGUGGUUGAGUACAGCUACGAGGAGGAGGAGGAGAUCGAGGAGGAUACAUCGAGACAAGCUCAGCACGGGGUGAGCGGCCCGGGCGGCAAUGCGGACGAGCAGGAGGGCUCGAGCUCGGAAUCGAGCUCCAGCUCGAGCUCGAGUGAUGAGUCGAUUGAGCACGACGGCGAGGGUUUAGGGUUACAUCCAGGUUGGACGGAGCGUACGGAGAAGCGCGGAGUGGCGCUCCGGGAGCGGGUGGACGAGCAGCAGGCGACGGGGGACGAUUGGGAUGUCGAAGAGCAGGAGGGCGGAGCGGCUGGGCAGGAUUUUGGGACGGGAGUGCAGCAGCAGGAGGGCGGGGCGGCUGCGCAGGAGGGUGAGGUCGGAGGGCAGCAGCAGGAGGGCGUGGUGGCUGCGCAGGAGGGUGGAGCGGGAGGGCAGGAGCAGGAGGGCGGGGAGGCUGCGCAGGAGCGACUCGUCGCAGUAAGAAGGAAACACCGCACGGCCAGUGGCAGCGGACAGGCGGGCCCUUCGACGGCAGGCCGUUCGACGUCGGCCAUUGCAUCCGAGGGCCAGGUCGUCGAGCUACUGCAGAGGGUCGCUGAGGUCGAGGCGUCGCAGAAGAAGCUCGUCGCCGACGUAUUUGCGAAGCACAGUGAGCAAGCCGUUGUUUUCAACAAGCUUGCUGGGGAUUUUCGGACGGCCUGGAAUAUGAUUUCGGAGUCGUCGAAGAGCACGCUGAAGCAGUGCGGCGAUGCCGUAAACGGUGUCACGGAGGAGAGGAAGCUGUUGGAAGGGGCACGCUCGAAGCUCGACGAGAUGAGCGGGAAAAUCAUCGAGGGGGUGGCAGCCGCUAUCACAAAAGCGAGCGAGGACGCCGUCGAGAAGCAGCUCAAGCUUGUCGAGGAGCGGCUGGUUGCUUCGGUCGUGAAGGGUAUUGAGAAAGUCGUCAAGGAGGACUUGUUCUACUCCACCCUCCCGCCCGAGAGCAUGAAGGAGCUGAAGGACGUUGUGAGAGAAAGCUACCAAGAAGCUAAAGCUGGCAGAUUGGAAGUCCUCACCGAAGCGAUGGCGAGAGGGUUUCGGGGCUCGGCGGGCCCGUCGACGAGGUCGCGUCAGGAGGAGGGGGUGGCUGGUGUUCGCAGCGGGGUUGAGCGUCGAGUUCAUGAGCGCUCGGUUCCUCCUUCUUCUUCGGUGGGAGGACAUGUCGGCAGCCCGGUAGCAUCCCCACCGUCGCGUGCCCGUCAGACCGUCGGCAAGUCCGUCAAGGACAAGGAUGUCAUCGUACUCGACCGAUCGCCCCGUCAGCAGACCUCUGAAGCGGCACCGAAGCCUCCGCCUGAUGCUUUUGCUCCGCUCCGGGACAUGCUGCAGGGCCUCGGGAAAAAGGGUGGGAAAGGAGUGGUUGCGGGGGAGAAAAGUGGUGCCCCAAUCGGCCAGGUCGCCUCAGCCGGGAAAGGAGCCGUGGAAAAGCGAGGUGCCCCUACCCCGUCCGGCGGCGCUGCGGGGAAAGGAGCGGGGGAGAAACGGGGUGCUCCCAGCCAGGUCGCCGUCGCUGCUGGGUUGCUGUCGAAGACAAAGGCCGACUCCGCUGCGCAGCUCGGCAUUGCUGGCUGA